UAUUCUGCUACACAUUUUACUGUGCAAUAUAAUAUAAUGCCUUUUUUGAGCACAGAGUUUUUUUGCAAAAGUUGUGCAGUGCUUGAGUAUAUAUGUGUGUGUGAAGGAGGCACUUUGGCAGUCCGGGUGCGUGCCUCAAUCCCCAGUGCAACCACUUCCUAUUGCAUUGGGCCCCGUCUGAUGACCACCUACCAACCUCCCCGCCCUCUUCUAAAAACAUUAAGUACUGAACACUAACAUAUCUAGACACUUGAAUAGUCAUAUGUAUAUGGAUGCCCUGUGUACGUGAUGGAUUCAGCGCUCAACUGGUGGAUAUUUCUUUCCUGUCUGAUCAAGCAGGUGCAUUUGGAGCCUCACCUAUCAAAGCAAGAUUUUUCUCUCUUGGCUAUGGAUGAGGACCCAACAUGUUUCACCAGGGAUCUAGAAACCUUCACUUGCUUUUGGGAAGCACCUGCUGAAAAGUCCUAUUAUUUUUUCUACAAAAUAGAUGAAUCAGAAAAAAGAUGUGAUGUGAAACAACAAACUUAUGAGAAAACGGUCCUGCAUAUUUGCACAUUCCCAUCAAGUGAUGUCUUCGUGUAUGUCAAGAUACACCUCAGAGUGAUAGACAGAGAUACCAACACAACCAUCUACAAUCGCAAUGUCAGUGUGGAGGAUCAGCAUCUUCUGUAUCCUCCAACAAAUAUAUCCCUUCAUCCAACUGGCGAGGUGGGCCAAAUGUUAGUUGAAUGGAAAAAACUAAACGAUCCUAUAGUUAACCCCCAGUAUGAAAUUCGUUACAGCUCCAAAAACACAUCAAACACAGUUACACUGGUGUCAAAGCACUCCCAUAAGCUUGUGUCUCUGGACGCAGGAGAGAACUGCACGCUGCAAAUGAGAGUCAAGCCUGGAGGUGAAGUUACUAAGUUUUGGAGUGGCUGGUCAAGUCCUGUCACAGCUAUGGUGCCACAAACAGCAGGUGACAUAUUGCGGUGCCACACUCCAAAUCUGCAUCAAAUAUUAUGCAAAUGGAGAGGAGAAUUAUAUGAUGGCAGAUUCAGCUUCCACUACAGACAAAUAAACAGAAGUUCGUGGGGUAGUUGGAAGUUGUGUUCCAAAGACAACAACUCUGCCCAUCAGUGUGUCCUGUAUGGGCAAGAGUCCAGCGUCUAUCAGUUUUACCUCAGUGUUGGAUUGCAACCAUUUGGUCGAACGUUUUAUGCGGAGACUUUCAAAAUGAACAGCAACAUCCAGACAAGGCCUCCAGAAGGUCUGGAGGCACAGCCUGAAGAAGAACGGCUUUGUUUGACAUGGUAUCCACCCUUUUUGAAGAUCUCGCAGUAUAUAAAGUACCAGAUCCGCUAUCAGCAUCAAGGAGAGAGAGAGUGGAAGGAUUUUACAACACCCAGUUCCAAGACCAGCACUUGUCUGGAUGUACAUAGAGGGAGUCAAUACACUAUCCAAGUCCGAGCCCAACCCAAUGGAACGGUGUACAGUGGAGACUGGAGUGACUGGUCGAAACCUUUUACCGCCCUCUUACCUUUAGGCAAAGAGUGGAUCUUCAUUGUCUGUAUACCAGUGGCUCUGCUCAUCAUUGCUUCUGCAACGAUCACUUUCUUCUCCAGAUACUUCCGGAAGGUCAAGAAGUCCUUGUGGCCAUCAGUCCCAAACCUUAACAAGGUGCUAGAAAGCUUCCUGACCGAUAUCAGUGGAUCACAUUGGGAGCCAACCUUCAACAUCAAGCAAUGUGACGAUGACGCUGCUACAUCAGUAUUGGAGAUUCUGCCCGAGAAAGAAACUUCAGUAAAAUCCUGUAAGAAGUCCACCUGUCAUACACUCCCUGAUCGUGGCUUCUCAGCUGGUGUAAAAAAUAGAGAGAAUUUUAGAGAGGAUUUGGAGAUGGCUCAAGAUUAUGUCGUUUUGAAUAACGAUAUAAUCCCAUGCUUUACGGGGAAUGACUAUGUGUACGGGGAUACUGCUUUAUCUCAUCUGGCUAGUGAAAAACUACACUGUUGCCCCAGUACCUGUUCCACCACCUUCCCAGAAUGCACCACUAAUAUUCUCAACCAUUCCUAUCUCCUUCUGGCAGAAAAGUCUGAUCUUGAAGAGUAUCACACAGCCUGUCGCCGGUAUACCAAUAUGGAGAUCACAUCAAUAGCAUAUGAUGCAAGCGGAGAGUGAUGUAUAAUUUGUUAUUAAGCAAGCUCAUAAGCAUGUAUAUAUUAGGUUUUGGGUGAAACCUUACUCACAAAUUCAAAGAUUCUGUGGAAUAAGAGAAGAGGCCUGUGAGACCUUAAGGAACAGACAAGGUUCACCAUAAAAAGUACUUAUGCCAGUCUUCGUAGCUAUGAAGUCAAGUGUGUUAAGAGGAGAUUGUUCAAUGCAUGAACCUUAAUCAUCAGUAAGAAGGAACUGCACUUACGUUUCAUCAUACCACAAACCAGAAGAUUCAGGACAUCAACAAUAACUAGACAUGCCAAAUGUCAGAUCACAUGGCUUGCAAAAGCCCUGAGAAGAUUAUAUGAAAGCAUAAUAUGGAUCAUAUAAACAUAAUUUUCUGGAAAGUUCUGGGUUAAAUACGACUUCAGUUUACAAAUAGAAAACAACAAUCAGUGGCAUGUUGUCAAAGAUCAACUUGCUCUCAGUUUGCAAACUCAAAUAUGUGCAUUAAUGGAUGUCUGUGGGGUAAUUUGAGGCUUCAAAAAAUGUGAAGUUUGUAUUCUUUCUAGAAGCUUUUAGAUUCUUCAGUGAAAUAUUUGAUAUUUAAGCUUUAAAGUUGUGAGUACUUUUAUAGAUAGAUGAACAUCAUGGUUGUGAAGUAGAAAUGAUUUUUCUGGGUGUUUAAAUGGACAUCAUGCAAAUGUUAACGGGUUUAUAUGGUAAAGUUAACUGUUGCACUUUGCACAGACAAAGUUGGUAAACAAAUCUAUCACAUGCAGUCUCAUGAUGUGUAAAUGAUAUAUACUUUUUUUUUUUUUUUAAAUCAGUAAGAUAUUUUUUUAUUUUUGUUAAUUUAGGAUGUGACUGGUAUUUUGUAUAGUGCUUAAGUGCCAUUUAACCCUGAAUAUUUCUUAAACGUAACUAUGUUAUACAUUUUGGCUAUAUUUCUUAUAAUCAUUCUUCAGCAAUUAUUAUGCUUGUUAUAUUUGUAAUAUGUUGUCUGUAACAUCUGAUUAUUACACAAGAAGCAAUUUAUGUAUCAUGAUCAGGUCUGAUCAGUCAAUAGCUUUAUUGUAUCAAGACAUCACACAAGUAAAAUCUGACAAAUAUCCAACAUUUUGGUGCAUUAUAUGAAAAUUGCACAUUUUAC